UCCAUGGGGAGUUAAAAUAGAGAGAGAGAGAGGGGUGAGCUUUUAAAGAUAUUUGGUGGCAAAUCCCCCCGGCUGUGAUUUGCAGAGAGAAUCAAAAGGACAAAAAGGCAGCGCAGGCUAUGUAGAAAAAAACCCAAUGAACUCCUCACCCUAAGAAACAACAACAAUACUUUAAAGCAGAGAUUUGGAUAGCGCUAGAGCUAGAGAUAGUGUGUUCAUUUUUACCCAAAAACAAAACAAAAUCCAUACCCAAUUUUUUGCUUCUUCUCAAUUCUUCCUUCUUAUCCGUUCAGUUGAAUUGCCAAUCUUUACAGCGCAUAUAUAUAUUUUCCCGGCUGGGCGAAAAAAAAAAACACUUGCUGUUUCUACAGUGAUUUGAAAUUUCUUCCCAUUGUUGCGAUUUUGUGAGUUAUUCCCUUUUGGAAAUUGGGAGGGGAGCGAAAGUGUGAUGGUGGAGAAUCGAUCCUGCAAGUCGUGUUUGGUGUUGGCAAGCUCCUCUCAACAAGAAACCGACUGGCCUUACAUGUUCAGUGGGAAGCGUCCGCUGCCUCUCGAAAUCUCCGGAUCCGAUGCUUGUCAUCAAGAAACCAAGUUGCCUAAGCUCUUCUCCAACGAUACUAGUCGAUAUGAAUCUUCUUCGGAUUUGGAUGUGUUAAUCCAACCGAUUGGGAGGGACAAUUCCAUCAAUUGUCUGAUUAGGUGCUCGAGAUCCUAUUAUGGUUCCAUUGCCUCGCUGAAUCGGAGUUUCCGAUCCGUAAUCAGGAGCGGAGAGAUCUACAAGUCAAGGAGGCAGAAGGGUGUUACUGAACAUUGGGUUUACUUUUCUUGUGACCUCCUUCAAUGGGAGGCAUUUGAUCCAAUCCAAUGCAAGUGGAUGCAUUUGCCACCGAUGCCUCCCAAUGGUUGUUUCAUUUUUGGGGACAAGGAAUCCUUGGCCGUGGGAACUGAGUUGCUUGUAUUUGGGAAGGAACUGAAUUCCCAAGUGAUAUAUAGAUAUAGUAUUUUGACAAAUUCUUGGACUUUCGGGACUAGUAUGAAUUCUCCUAGGUGCUUGUUCGGGUCAGCUAGUCUUGGAGAGAUUGCGAUUUUAGCUGGUGGUUGUGAUUCUCAGGGUAACAUCCUGAGCACUGCAGAAAUGUACAAUUCCGAGACUCAGAAGUGGGAGACUCUCCCAAGCAUGAAUACCCCAAGGAAGAUGUGCAGUGGGGUAUUUAUGGAUAAGAAAUUCUAUGUAAUUGGGGGAACUGGUGGAGUGGGAAAUGAUGCAAGGGUUCUCACUUGUGGGGAGGAGUAUGAUUUAGAGUUAAAAAAAUGGACUAAAAUUCCUAACAUGUCUGUGGCAGCUGGUGAGGCUGAGAAGCCUGUGGCACCUGGGGCACCCCCACUGGUUGCAGUAGUAAACAAUGAACUGUAUGCUGCUGACCAUGCUGACAUGGAGGUAAAAAAGUAUGAUAAGGAGAAAAAAUCAUGGUUGACUAUCGGAAGAUUGCCCGAAAGAGCUGUUUCCAUGAACGGUUGGGGUCUUGCAUUCAGAGCUUGCGGUGAUCGCCUUAUAGUGAUCGGCGGUCAAACCGCCUCAGGUGGAAGCUUUAUAGAGCUGAAUUCGUGGGUUCCAAGCGAAGGGCCUCCACAAUGGAACUUGCUAGCCAGAAAGCGGUCGGGUAACUUUGUGUAUAAUUGCGCGGUGAUGGGUUGCUAAGAAAUGGAUGUUGCUGGCAUCAUGUGCAGUGGAAUGGUGCCCCACUCUGCCACUGGGGUUCAACGACUCUUGCUAAUGGUAAUUUCCCCUAGUUCCAUUUUUAUGUCCUUCCCCAUUUGGAUAGGGAGAUGAUAGAGGGGGGAGGAGUUUCAAAUUUACUCAAAGAUUCAAAAGAAUAUUUUACUGCUAGGAUUGUCUUAUUUCAUUUUAAAAACAUGACUCAAAGUGUCUUCCAUUCCAUUUGUUGCGAGAAAUCGCAGCAUGUAACACACACAAGAAUAGGUUUUAAUAAUUUGAAGUAGCAAACACAGUGGUAAGUUGGCAUUAGAGUAAGUUGAAGCUUUUUUUAAGAAACAGACGAGUAGUUGUAUCCUUAAUUUUGUUGGGAAUUGUGUUUAAAUGGAGGAAAUAAGUUGUUGUUAUCUUGGAUGUUGGCUGAUGUACUCUGAUCACAUUGAUCAAUUGUAAUGGAUGGGCUUACAUAAAUUAUAUAUGUUCAUGUUCACUUUUUGGUA